AUGGGACCCUGCAGGGACUCCCAGGCAGAGUCGCCCUCCGAGUGCCCCAAGAGGAGGAAGAAGAGGUACCUGUGGCAUGACAAGCCCCCCUACACCUACUUGGCCAUGAUCGCCUUGGUUAUCCAGGCUGCACCCGCUCGCCGGCCGAAGCUGGCCCAGAUCAUCCACCAAGUGCAGGCCGUGUUCCCCUUCUUCAGGGACAACUACGAGGGCUGGAAGGACUCCAUCCACCAUAACCUUUCCUCCAACCCGUGCUUCUGUAAGGUGCCCAAGGACCCUGCAAAGCCCCAGGCCAAGGGCAACUUCUGGGCAGUCAAUGUGAGCCUGAUCCCGGCCAACGUGUUGCGGCUGCAGAACAUGGCCCUGUGCCGGUGCUGGCAGAACAGGGGUGCACACGGAACCUUUACCAAGGACCUGGGCCCCUAUGUGCUUCACGGCUGGCCCUACCGGCCGCCCAGCCCACCGCCACCAGCCAGGGAAGGCUUCAGCAUCAAGCCCCUGCUGGGGAACCCCGAGGAGGGGCUGCCCUGGCCGCAGCAGCCCAGAAGGGCUGGACAGGGCAGCCUGACUCCUGAGGGCAGUGAGGGGGAGGCAGUGCUCACCCCACCCCUGCCCUCCUCUGAGAGGUCCCUGUGGCCCCACCAGCCCCUCCCCAAGCCCACAAGAGUGGAGGGGGUGGUCUCCCAGGGCACAGAUAUCCACCCCUCUCCCCUCACUACCCCAGAGCCCAGGCCCUGGCCUGUCCACUUACUGCCUAGUACCCCAGAUCCCAUGGGGCUGCCCACGGGGGGACACAGGGCCUCACUGUGGGGGCAGCUGUCCACCUCCUACCUGCCCAUUUACACUCUCAACGUGGUCAUGCACUUGGGCUCAUUGCCACCCACCUCCUGUCCCCACUGCCCACCCUCGACCAGCCCAGCUUACUGGGGUGUGGCUCUUGAAUCCCAGGGGCCCCCGGGGCUGCUCUGGGACCUGGACGCUCUCUUCCAGGGGGUACCACGCAACAAGAGCAUCUACGACGUGUGGGUCGGCCGCCCUCGGGACCUGGCUGGUACUGCCCCGGGCUGGCUUCUGUCCUGGUACAGCUUGUGA